AUGACAACAAAACUGAAAGAAAAGAAGCAAAAGGCACGCAAGGACUCAGCAGUGCCCUCUCCUGGAACGAAUGGAUCGGGUGACGUCAAAGCCAAGAAACACAAGAUUGAUAACGACGCCUAUGAGAAGGAACUCGCCCGUUUGCAGAUUGAGUUGGUGAAGCUGCAGGAAUGGAUCAAGCACGAAAAGCUGAAGGUCGUGGUUAUCUUCGAAGGUCGCGACGCCGCUGGGAAAGGUGGUGUGAUCAAGCGCAUUACCGAAAGCUUGAACCCUCGCAUCUGUCGCGUUGUUGCGUUGGGAACCCCGACCGAACGCGAAAAGUCGAGCUGGUAUUUCCAACGCUACGUUGCCCAUCUGCCGGCGGCUGGAGAGAUGGUUCUUUUCGACCGCAGUUGGUACAACCGCGCCGGUGUUGAACGCGUGAUGGGUUUUUGUACCGACACACAAUACCAAGAGUUCCUCCGCUCUUGUCCCGAGUUUGAACGCAUGCUGGUCCGCUCGGGAAUCAUCCUGCUCAAAUACUGGUUCUCGGUUAGCGAUGCUGAACAAGAGCGGCGCUUCCAAAAACGGAUGGACGAUCCAACGCGUAGUUGGAAGCUGAGCCCGAUGGAUGUUGAAUCGCGCUCGCGGUGGAUCGAAUACUCCAAAGCCAAAGAUACGAUGUUCGCACACACCGACAUCAAGCAGGCACCUUGGCAUGUGGUGAAGGCCGACAGUAAGAAAUGUGCUCGGCUCAACUGCAUCACUCAUCUGCUGAGCAAAAUCAAAUACGAAGAUCUAACCCCCACGCCUCCAAAGCUUUCCGCCCGCCCGAAAGCCGGGGCCUAUUUACGCCCGCCAAUCGAAGAUCAGACUUUCGUUCCAGAAAUCUGGUGA